ACAUUUUCCAUUCCAACAAAUCAAAACAUUUAUUUUCUCAUAUCUCUCUAUUUCAAAGCAUCGAAUAAUCUAUCACAAAUUCUACCUUUCUGAUUCGAACCAAAUCCUUUAACAAAAAAUGGAUCAAAAUUUGCCAAUUAUAGCAAAGAAAUUCUGGAACAUAGUACGAGUAGCUUUCUUCAUGCUCAAAAAAGGCAUUUCAAAGAGAAAAUUUAUGCUGGAUUUCAACUUAUUUAUGAAGCGUAGCAAAAUUGCUAGCAAAGCCGCAAUUCAUAAUCUCAUGUUCCACCACAUGACCCAUCAACGGUCUAAUUCCUCAUCUUCUCCCACUUCGCACGUGGGAGAUCUCUCACACGCUCCACCCGACGAGUAUGAAUUCAGUUGCAGUAACAGCCCAGCGUACCCAACUUUUCACCUUCCAUUCAACUUCAACAAGCGCAGCAAGCACCACGCGCACCAUUUUCACGCGCCGGCCACCAAUGACGACGACGUUUUUGUCAUGAAUGCAGCUGUGAUGAAGGCUUUGGAUAUUCUUCAGAGUCAAAAUGCGUCGCCGGCUAAUGAUUUGCCUGGAUUUGGGAGAACUCCGACGGUGAGGCAGUUGAGGAUUACUGACUCGCCUUUUCCACUGAGAGACGUUGAAGAUGAUAGCCAUGUUGAUGAAGCUGCUGAAAAUUUUAUUUCAAAAUUCUACAGGGAUUUGAGGCGGCAAGCUUCGCCUGCUCCUUAAUUGAUGCAACUGAAGCUAUAUCGCAAGUAUACAAACUAUAAAUAUUUCUAUAUAUUGAGAAUUAUUCAUGCAUGUGGAUGGUGGCUAUCAAUGCAAUAAAGAACGAAGAUUUGGAGCACUAUGAAGAUUGUAUAUGCUUAUUGCAUGUAUAAAUUUCUGCUUUCAUGGGAGUUUUUCUUUUUGGGGUAUUUUUGAAAAUUUCAAAAAGAAAAUAGUGUACUUAGUAUACUGGAGUAGUAUAUAUAGAUGUGAUGAAAUCUUUCCAUUUAUUAUUUUUGUUUUUCCUUUUUUUGUGAUGCUAUGUAAUGUUCAGAGGCUUAAGUCCUGACUUGAAUCCAAUAAUAUUUCUUUAGCUCUUU